AUGGCCAAGUACGAUCGCGUUUCCUCCGAGGACUCGUCGAAUGAGCACCUACUGCCAGAUGACUCUUCCUCACUAUAUUCGCCGGUAGCUCUACGUCGCUCAAAGGGUUUCGGUUUCAGCAUUUCAACGGCAUGUCUAUUAGUAUACUGCGCGUUAUCGACCACCGCAAUGGUGAUAUUCAUGGUCGCAAUCCUAAAUCAGUUGCAGCCACAGAGUCACGACAACAACUGCCAGGUGAAUAAGGUGUUCAAGGCCGCGUACGGUCACAAUACUGCCUUGAUGUCAGUGGAUCACAAGUACGAUGCACUGUGGGAGGUCCAAGACGGCCAGUCUCAAGUGCUUCUCCUUCCAGACGAGGAUUCCGGUGGUGAGCUAGUGCCAGGAGCAUUUUCGAUGUUCCACCAACUACAUUGUCUCUCCAGCCUUCGGCAUGCGAUACAAAUGGCUCGCGAAGGUAAAGACCCUGGAUUGGACCAGAAAGAUAAUACGCACUGGCCACAUUGCAUGGACUACCUGAGAAAGGCAAGCAUUGAAUUUAACAACAUGCAGACUAUACUCUGUUGGGCAGAUAGCACUAUCGAGCGAGAGACACUCUUAAGCAAUGGCAGUGGGUCUCAGACGAUAGAUGGUACACAUGACGUGCGGCAAUGUGGUGAUAGUCGCGCCUUGAUCAAGACAAUGCGGGAUCAAGGCAAAAAUGUUACUACAGAGCCAUUUCCUCCCUAAAUAGCUGCGCUGAUAGUUCUAAAUAAAUCAUCUCUGAGACUUUCUUGAGACGAACUUGUAAACUAGUGUGCCUACUCAAGUGUGACUGAAAUUCUGUAAUUGAAAGAUGGUACGCGAAUCAUUCCUGUCUACAUUCUUAUAUAUGUAGAAACCCCACGAAAAGAAAUUCAUUGUUGUUGUAAUAGUUCAAAACAGCUCGCGCCUUUCAUACUCACUUAACUGUUCAAAGCAAAGGAAAGUCAAAAAGAUAGAAAGCUAGCUCCCAGGAAUAUAAUCU